AUGUUAUGUCAGGGAUUAAUAUUGAUAUAUAUAAUUAUCCUCAGCUUUCGAAAUCAAGCAGAAACAGUUUUUGUUUACUAUUUCAAAACCUUUCUCAAUAUUAAAGAUUUGCAUCAAGGAACUCCCUCAGUUGUAUUUUGUUUAAAAUGUUCUCAGUACUACCAAUCUAUUUUGCACCUUUGAUUAUUGUUGAGGCUAUAUGUACAGUGAUCCAAAUGUGGUUAGUUAUUUAUAAUUAAGGAAACGGCUUGUUUUCCAGUUCUAUGUCUCCAGAAAUGAACAGUAAAGCUUUGUCUUUUAUCACUUUAUAAACCAUUUUCUCUACUUCAAGUGACCUGCAUAUCGCUACAGAAUAAAAGAAAGCAGUUUAUCUAUUCUUUUUACUUAAUUCAUCAUCUCACAUUAAUUUAUUCUGAAAAUAGUUUAUCAAUUUUCUGCUGUUUGAUUUGUGUCAUCAUUUAAAAUACUUAAAUUGCUUAAGAAAGAGUUUUGCAUUAAUCAGCGAAAAACAAAUUCAGUUCGGAAAUCUGAAUAACACAUCAACUGUGAUUUGACAGAUCAAUUUUCACAAUUUUACUCAAUGGUAGCUUUGAAUAAAAAGGUAUUUUUAUUAAAAAAACAAUCAGGGGUUGCUUUGAAACCACUGUUCCUCAUUUGGAUUUGCAUAAGAUGCAACCCAAUGCCAAAGGAGGCAGGGAAGCUCAAACCACAAGAAAUCCACUAACCUGAUUUAACUUUUCCAUGUUAAAAAAAUGUAUUCCAUAAUUAGCACUUACACUCUUCAAAAGGAGGAGCUGACAAAUUUAACGACAUGUCAAGAACUCUCUCCUAUAUAAAUAGAGCAGUGGGCAUCGUUUUGGAAGCACUGCUCCAACUGACAUUCCACAAUUUCAGAAGAUAAUCCAUUUGGGAUACUACAUUGCCUGUGGAACCAAAUUAUGCUGAUUUAAGCUUCAAACAUGGAUUCAAAACAGAUCUGUGCUCUUUUGUUGUUGGUAUCGGUGACUCUGGUCUACGGAACAGGAUAUAAUAGAUAUGCUUAUUUACGCAAAAAUUUAAAAAGCCAAGGGGAUUAUCAUGUAAAAGGAUAUGAUGCUCAAUAUUCUGAAGAGGAAGAAGAAAGAGAACGAGAAGACAGUGAAGAUAGCAGAGAUUUUGAAGCUCAUCAAGGAGUACAUGGCAUACAAGGGCCACAGGGCCCACGAGGACCACCAGGCCCUCACGGACCACCGGGUCCUCCUGGAAUAAGUGGCAUUGGGGCACCUGGAGCCCCUGGCAAACCUGGAAGACCAGGGCCACCGGGAAUUUCAGCUGCGGGAAAGCCAGGAAUCCCAGGUGCACCAGGAAGACCAGGUGCACCAGGAGCCCCAGGAGCAAAAGGCGACAGAGGAUCCCAGGGGAUUCCGGGGCCAAUUGGCAAAGCAGGGCCCAUGGGAUAUCCUGGGCCAACAGGAUUAUCUGUUGCCGGGAAACCAGGAGCUCAAGGGCCUCAAGGGCCUACAGGAGCACCUGGACGACAAGGGGAAAGGGGAAUGACAGGACCCAUGGGUCUCCCAGGUGCAAAGGGGGAUAGGGGAGUGGGAAUGCCUGGGUUUCCCGGCGGCAGAGGAGCAACAGGUCCUCAGGGGCCACCAGGCCAACCUGGACCAGCAGGAAGAGGUGUAGCUGGCGCACCUGGUCACCCAGGUCCAAUGGGUGAAAAAGGGGCCAGGGGUUUACCUGGUCCAACAGGAUAUACAGGUGCACCAGGCCCUAAAGGACCAGCAGGAAGUCCCGGAUUACCCGGAUUGGGAAAACCUGGAAAAUCAGGUGCACCAGGAAUGCCUGGAGCUCCUGGACACAAGGGUUCCGCUGGUCCACAGGGCCUGCCCGGUGCACCUGGACUACCUGGUUAUGGAAAACCAGGGUUACCAGGGCCCAAAGGAGAAGCUGGUGUUGCAGGUGUUCCUGGUUAUCCUGGUGAGAAAGGAGAGAUGGGCUUAGGUGGGCCAACUGGAGCUCCCGGAGCUAGAGGUUUACCAGGACCAACCGGACCACAGGGCCCAAGAGGCACACCAGGUGUGACAGGUGCACCUGGAGAGAAAGGUCCUAUGGGGCCCAUUGGGCGGUCUGGAUAUCCAGGAGUCAAGGGUGAGAUGGGUCCUGCUGGUGCCCCUGGAAAAUCAGGAAUGCCCGGAAUGCCAGGUGGACCUGGCCAAGAAGGGCAACGGGGACCAACUGGCGCCAAAGGCAGCAUGGGACCAGCUGGUGCACCUGGUAAACCAGGAAGCCCUGGCCGUCCUGGUAGCCAAGGACCAGUUGGGUACCCUGGUGAAGCAGGGGCAAGAGGAAGUGCAGGCCCAGCUGGUCCAAAAGGUCCAGCUGGUCCAGCUGGUGCUCCAGGGUUUCCUGGAGAGAAAGGAGAUCCAGGACGUCCUGGUCUACCUGGUCCUCCUGGACAAUUUUAUGGGAAGAUGAGAAGUGGUGCACCUGGACCAGAAGGACCACCAGGUGCUCCAGGUCAACCAGGUCCUCCUGGCCCACCAGGUCCACCAGCUGAAAUGAUUAUGUCCCCAGGCAAGUAUAAUUAUAAUGGGUAUAUUAAAUCAGGAGAGCCGGCAGGUGGGAUGCUCAGUCCAUAUCCUGCCUUUACUGCUAUUCUUUCCCACUCAUAUUACCGUACCGGGGAACCAAUCGUGUUUGACAAAUUAGUGACCAAUUCAAAUCAGAACUAUGAUCCAUCAUCUGGAAUUUUCACAUGUGAAGUAUCUGGUCUCUAUCAGUUUAAUUAUCAGGUGCAAGUCAAGGGAGCAAAUGUUUGGGUUGGAUUAUACAAAAAUGAUCAGCCUGUGAUGUAUUCAUAUGAUGACUACACAGAAGGUUAUAUUGAUCAGGUCUCAGGAAGUGUGGUCUUAUAUCUACAUGAAAAUGAUCAAGUCCAUGUUCAGUUACCUACAGAAGAGUCUAAUGGUUUAUAUUCUUCAGACCUCAUGCACUCAGCAUUCUCAGGGUUUCUAAUUGUUCACUCAUGAUGUGCAUCAGCUUGGAAAUAUCCAGUGGUGUGCUGAAUAUUCUAUUCUGAGUGAGGAACAACACAAUGUAGUUAACAGAACAAAUUCAUAAAGGAUCAAACGUAAUCAUUGUUAUAUUAAGAAACAUCCUGUUCUGACCAGUAAACAGUUGUGUUGUUUUUAUUUACCAAAUGUCAUCUGUCUGAAACAAAGCCUUCAGGUUUAGGAUAUGCACCUUGGAAACAAAAGUAUAUUGUUCUUCUGAUAAAAUAAUUUUCCAAAAAAAUUCUGAAUAUAUGCAUUAAAUUCUUUUACUAAAAGGGUCUUGGUACUUCAAAAUUUAAUUAUUCCUUUGAGUUAAACACUUUGAUUGCCCAUUUUUGCAGAAAAUGUUUGUAUAAAAAUGUAUUUUGGUGCUUGAAAUUUAUUUGAUCACCCUUAACAACUAACCACCUCAGUCCGAUUCAGCUAAAAAUAAUCUGGAAAUUUCUGUUAUUUUCAAUGCUAUUACACACAUUCAAACAUUUCAGUGUUUGUCUUUUAACUGUGUCAAGAACUGUCUACCACCAUUACUUUAUGUAUUUCAAUAGCAAAUUACUUAUUACGCAAUUCAAACUGUAAAAAGCAUAUUAUAAGUUCCAGAUAAAUCUAAGACAUUGAUAAUAUAUGCAUUCUCCAAAAAUAUAUAUACAUUUGAAACACAAACAUGUAAAUUUUACUGUAGCAGAUAAUAAAAUAUUUUGUUCUGUAAUUGACCAGUUAAAAAGUGGAUUUCUCAAAUCUGGCAAAAUUACAAAUGCAUUUUUGUUACCAUGCACUUAAAUAAAUGAUGAUUGUUACAAAUUUUAUGACUUCAUUGGAGAGUCUCAGAAGCACAUCAAUAAUUACAUUCAUAAGUUGGCCCCAGUUCAGGAGGAUAUAUCAUGCCAAUAUUAAGUUGAAUAACUGUAAACCCUGGAUGGUCAUUACGAUUAUAUUUUUCAUCACGUACAUGCCCUGACAAAACCGACUUAGAUUCUAGAACAGAAGUUCCCAACCUGGGAUUCACGGAUCCCUUGCUUAAUAGUAUUGGUCCAUGGCAUAAAAAAGGCUGGGAACCCCUGUUCUAGAACAUAAAUUACAUGAAUGAUGUUUUAUGAUAAAUAUUAGCUGUUGUAUUUCACUUAGAAAAUCUAAAAUGAUAAGUUAAUAGAGACACAUCAUUUUCCUCUAAAUCAGUAUUGCAGAAUAGGCAAACAUGAAUCUAGAAAGCACAACUUUCUGGUCUUUCUCAUCAUUCCAGGGCCAAAUACAAAAUAAAAAUAAAAUUUAUCAACAAGGUAGGAAUGAAAAUCUCAGUUUCUGUUCCUCCUUCGGCAUUCCGUGUUGGAAAUGAGACCGGAAUCAAAACAUUGACCUUCAUUUGAAAAUAAGUCACUAAUAGAAACUACAAUGCUAAUCCUAGCAGGCCCCCAAUUAUGCUCAUAUAUUUGAGUAACAUGCAUUCAUGUAACACAUUCAACAAACAGAACUGUUCCCAAUUGUUUCACAGUUGUAUAACUAUACACAAUUUGUCACUGAGCCACAA